AUGGAUGUGGAUGGCCUUCUUUUGAAUGGCCUUUUGGAUGGACGACGUGGACACUUGACCAUACGAAUGACAUGGACAUCUGACCAUAGCGUAGAUCAUAAACCGUCGCGCGAGGCGCCAUUUCCCUAUUAUAAUAUAAGCAAUUUCACGCACUGCACAGGACUGAAGUUGAGGGACAUGGGUAUCAAUGCGGGACUAGCAAUAUAUACCUCAUGGAAGUUCUGUUGCGGUUGCGCACAAAGAACUAUUAGUGCAUACAAGCGAGAAGAAGAACCAAAUGGAUAUCAGUUGAUCGCGACUCCCUGUUACUUCGAACCCAUUUGGUAUGCAGUGGAAAGAAUAGUCAAAAAGGAAUUGAAAGAAAGGAAGGUGAGGAGCUAA